AUGAGGCAAUCCGACUAUUGGUGGUACCUCUUUUACAGGCUUUGUUCCUCCCCAAAACUGGUUUGCGCUGGGGACGAAGAUGGUGAUGUGUCCAAGCUAGCGGACGUCCCUGCUGCUAGAAGGAAAGGAGUGAGGAGGCCGCAACCCAAGCUGGACUCUCACAGGCUGAGCUCAGAAAGAGGACUCCCAGCUCUGCGAACACUGUUCGAUAAUGUCCGUUUCAAAGGCAAAGGGCACGAGGCCGAGGAUCUGCGGCUGCUGAUGCACAAGAUGGAGAACUGGGCCCACAGGUUGUACCCCAAACUGCAGUUUGAAGACUUUAUUGACAAAGUGGAGAGGCUCGGCAACAAGAAGGAGGUGCAGACCUGUCUCAAACGGAUACGGCUGGACAUGCCACUGACACACGAAGACUUUAUGGGUGGUGAAGAACAAGCAGCUCCUGAAGCGCAGGUCUUUGGGGAUCCAGAUCCGUUUAACAGAACAAGCUUCAAUGACCUGCAAGCCCCGGUCCACUCCACCCCGGCUCCAGCUGCUCCACCUACUCCACCCUCCCCAGCUGCCCCCGCCCCCCCCUCCCUGACCGAGGAGCAGCGCAGACGCAUGGAGCUGAACAGACAGCGGGCUCUGGAGAAGAGGCUCGCCCGCCAGCAGCAGCAAACAGAUCCUGCAGAGUCCCAGACUGUUGACACGCCAGCGUCAGCAGAUGAAGGCACGUCUGUCUCCUCUGCAAACGUCCCCAACAAGUCUAACAAUCAGGAUGUAGAGGUGGAGGAUUUCGACCUGGAGCCAGCCAGCAGCAGCAGCACACAAGCACCACCUCCCCCACCACCCCCCAACCAGCUUCCCCACCCAGACUCUGAGCCUCCUGCUGAAUCAGCUCAGUGUGAGAAAGAGGAAGAAACCAGCCUCAGCCAGGUCCACCAACCCAGCACCGAGUGUCAGGACCAAGAUUAA